GAAUGUUUUUUUUCCCCCUUCAAGGUAAGCACUUUGCACAUGUCAAGUUACUAAGCGAAUUUCCAGAACUUUAUUUAUCUGUUUUCUGUUACUUUGUUUAGUAUUUGAGUUUACAGUUUUUCUUCAAGUUGUUUCUGUGUACAAUGGGAACACAUGGAGUCAAAUACGUUUACUUGACUUAAAGAGACACCGCCGUUAACUAGCUUACCGUCUGCUAGCGAGCUAACCUGAAAUAAUCGGUGACGGGUUGAUAAAAAAAAACGGUUAGCACGACCGUUUCAGUUAGUCGUUAGUUUUGCGAAACAUUAGCAGAGUCGGCUUGUGUUGCUCAACGGCCAGCAGCAAUGUCAGCUGACACGGACAACGGGGCUCGGCUCUUCCAGUUCAAAAACAAAGGGAAAGACGUGAAUGAAUUGAGGCGCAGGAGGUCAGAAUUCAACGUUGAGCUUCGGAAAGCGAAGAGAGACGUUCAAAUAUUGAAGAGGAGAAACGCGCAAAGCUCCGCGGACGAUCCGACCUCCCCGCUGCACCUGAAAGCCCUCAACGCCCAGCCGACUCAGGAUUGGUCUUUGGAGGACAUAGUUGGAGGAGUAAGCAGUGUGAAUGCAGAGCAUCAACUUCUGGCUACACAGGCAGUCAGAAAGCUCCUCUCCAAAGAAAAGCAGCCGCCUGUCGACAGCGUCAUCAACGCGGGCCUCAUCCCGCGACUCGUGGACUUCCUGGCUCAGUUCGACUUCCCCCACAUCCAGUUCGAGGCGGCCUGGGCGCUGACCAACGUCGCCUCGGGGACGUCGGAGCAGACGGCCGCCGUGGUGGAGGCGGGGGCCAUCCCGGCCUUCGUCAGGCUGGUUGCGUCACCUCACAAGCACCUCAGCGAGCAGGCCAUCUGGGCCCUGGGCAACAUCGCAGGCGACGGACCCAACGGCAGAGACUUGGUCAUCAAACACGGCGUCCUUCAGCCUCUCCUCGCCUUGGUGACGACCUCCGACCUGUCCGUGUUACCCCCUGCCUACCUGCUCAACGUGGCCUGGACGCUCUCCAACCUGUGUCGACACAAGAACCCGGCCCCUCCCCUGGCGGCCGUGCAGCAGAUGCUCCCCGCGCUGGUGAAGCUCCUCCACCACGACAACAGCGAGGUCCUGGCCGACACCUGCUGGGCCCUGUCCUAUCUGACCAACGACUCCAACGAGAGGAUAGAGGUGGUGGUGAAGGCCGGGCCCGUCCCUCGUCUUGUGCAGCUCCUCGCCUGCGGGGAGCUCUCCAUUGUGACUCCAGCUCUGAGAACCAUCGGCAACAUUGUGACGGGAACCGAUGAGCAGACCCAGUGUGUGCUGAACGCAGGUGCCCUGACAAUGUUCCCGGCCCUGCUGAGACACCACAAGCCCAGCGUCCAGAAGGAGGCGGCCUGGACCGUGUCCAACAUCACCGCCGGCAAGAGCAGCCAGAUCCAGGAGGUCAUUAAUGCCGGACUGAUACCCAUACUGGUGGAGGUCCUACAGCAGGGAGAUUACAAGACCCAGAAUGAGGCUGUGUGGGCCGUCACCAAUUACACCAGCGGCGGAACGGUGGACCAAGUGGCCUACCUGGUCCACUGCAACGUUCUGGAGCCUCUGCUCAACCUGCUGACCGUGAAGGACAGCAAGGCCAUCCUGGUGAUCCUGGAGGCCGUCUCCAACAUUCUACAGAUGGCCCAGAGCACCGGCGAGGUGGAGAAGCUCUGCCUGAUGAUUGAGGAGUUGGGCGGGCUGGACAAGAUCGAGACUCUGCAGACUCACGACAACGAAGCCAUCUACAAGUCGGCCCUGAAAAUUAUUGAAAAGUUCUUAUCAGAAGAGAAUGCAGACGAGCCUCCGGCUCCAGAUGCUGCUCAGGACUCCUAUGCCUUCAACAUUCCUGAGGACAAAAACACUUUCCAGUUUUAACUUGUUCACUUUGAUUUCUGACAUUUAAAUAAAAAAAGGGGGAGGCGGAUCCUUAGCUUGACAAUUUAGACUAAUAUCUUUUUGAAAAAUAUUUGUAAAUAAAUUUGUAAGUAUUUUAAUGGAA